AUGCAACUCUCGGGUGAAGACGAGAUCAACAUGAUCCACGAUCCAGAAAAGAGCGAGGAUGAAGACACGGUGCAAGAGGAAGAGGAAAACAGGGAAGCACUGGUUGGUCAGCUAGCACGACAACUCACCCGUCAAUCUACUCGAUUCUCUGUGAACGGUACAUUGGACAAUCCGUUCACCAAUGGAGACUCCGAAUCCACUCUCAAUCCCAAUAGCCCCAACUUCAAGGUGCGGGACUGGAUGAAGAUGUUGCUGGCUAUCCGGUCUCGCAACCCCGACAAGUACCCAGAUCGGACCGCUGGUAUUUCGUUCAAAAAUCUGAACGUCCAUGGAUUUGGCUCUCCCACCGACUAUCAAAAAGACGUCAUGAACUCGGUUCUGGAGGUUGGGACUAUGGUCCGCCGACUCGCCGGCCUGAAACUCCAGAAGAUCCAGAUCCUGCGUGAUUUCGAUGGUCUCGUCAAAAGUGGGGAAACAUUGGUGGUCUUGGGAAAGCCAGGUAGGUAA